AACCACAACCACGCGCAUCGUGGUGGUGGUGGCGGCGGCCAUCGGCAACGCAGCGCGCACAGCGAGUCGGAGCUCGUGCUCUCCCGUCACGCGCGUGUGCAGCAGCUGAAGCAGCAGCCACGCCACACUGGCGCAACCAGCGGUGCAACCAACGGCAACACACGCGCGGACGGACCCCGUUUGAGACACCACCACGCGACCGCAGAGUCCAACGGCAACGACAGGAAUGACAAUGACAACGACGAUGACGACGAUGAUGACUUUGACGACGAAGGUGAUGAUGGCACAAACGACGUUCCGCUGACGGAAGGGACGACUAGGAGCACAGGUGACCUCAGCCACUCCAACUUGGCGGACAUGAGCACCCAGUCUGUACCGCUGCUGUGGUCGCCGCAGACGGCACACCGUCUUGCAGGCAACCUGACCCAGAGCCGGUCCCCAACACCAAGCCGCUCCCAGAUGCACCAGCGCAACCUCACCCGCGACCCGUCCAAACGCGUCGACGACGACGAAGAAAUCGUUCAGCGGCGGCGGACGGUGAGCGACGCUGCGCAGUGGCUUCGCGCCAAACGCCAAAGCGACCUGCACCGCGAACUCUUGCCAGCAUCAGCAAAGGGCGCACGGCGACACGCCCUCACACACGCCAGCGGCAGCACCAGCAAGUUCUGCGCCGUCUGCUCCCGAGUUCUCUGGGGCAUCACACGCCCCUACCGCUGCUCGGAGUGCGGCCUUGAGUUCCACCGCGCGUGCGAGCCGAUGGCGCCGGCGUGUCUCGGGCGAACAGGAAGCAUGGUCUCUCUCGAUUCGCCCUCGGACGGGCCCAUCCUCGACCAGACUGCACACCUCCUUCGCGUCUGCAUCGCGUCGGCGGACUCCCUUGCGCGUCGAAGUCUCUUCCGCGUCCCUGAUCCGUUUGCGAUCGUGCACAUGGACGGAGAGCGGUUCACAACCGCGGUGGCGCGCAAGACGUUUGCCCCGCAGUGGAUGACGGAGCGGGACAUGUACGUCACAGCGUCGAGCACGCUGAAGAUUCUUGUGUUUGAUGCGCGCAAGUUUGAGGAGGGCCGCUGGAACGGGUUCCUCGGCACAGCCGUCAUCCCGGCUGCAGCGUUCAUCGACUCCACCUCCCUCGGCGAUGGCGCCACGAAGGUGCUCACAUUCCGCCUGCGGAAACUGAAGGCGACGGACGUGGUGACGGGGACGGUGUGCGUGAAGGUGCGCGUGCUGCGACGGAAUGUGGAUCUCAGCAAGACGGCGCCAAUGACAACACCACGCGCAGACUCACCGCGCACCAUGGCACGGUGCGACCGACCCUCAUGCUCGGACGACAUGUCGUACACGCUGGCUGUGUUCACAGCGACGCGGCACGUGCCAGACAUCAUCUACACGGGUCGCGAUCGGGAGCACACCGCCAUCGGGUUCGUGCCGGGCCAGGAGCUGCGGUUUGUUGUGAAGCAGACAAACUUCUAUGGCUCGAGCGAUUACAGCCUCCCAUCAGACACCAUCGCCUUUCCACAGGCGUCGGAAUCGAGUGCCGGCGAUGAAGAGAGUGAAGACCGCAUCCACUGCCCGUUUUUCAUGGCGGGAUUCUGCCCAAGAGGGGACCGGUGUCCGUUCUAUCACGGGGACGGUCUGAACGGCGAUGAAGUCUCUGUUGCGCUCGCUGCCGUCUCCAUGAUCGAGAAUGAGGACGUGCAACUUAUGGCUGCUCUGCAAGCGUCGCUUGAACAGUCAAAGCAGGCGCAAUACGACGCAUCUAAGCAAUCACACUUCCAGCGCACAUUCCACGAGAAGGAACAGAGAUUCAGGAAGAAGCUGCCCGAGGCCAAAGGGGAGUGCAACAUCACCGUUGCGCGGGCGGACCUGUUCAAGACAUCGCUGUUUGAGAUUACGCGCAUUCCCGCCACGAAACUCCGCCAGCGGCUGAUGAUCCGCUUUCACGGCGAAGGCGGCCUUGACUACGGCGGGCUGGCGCGGGAAUUCUUCUAUCUCAUCUCAGGAGAGGUGUUUGACCCGCGGCUCGGGAUGUUCGAGUACACCUCGUCCAACUACGCCCUGCAGAUCAGCCCAGACUCCGCCAGCAGCGACGACCACCUGCUGUACUUCCGCUUCGUCGGUCGACUGCUUGGCAUGGCUGUCUUCCACGAGCACUUUCUCGACGUCACAUUCACCAAGAGCUUUUACAAGCACUUGCUCGGCCUGCCGCUCACACUCAAGGAUUUGCAAGAUGUUGAUCCGGAUGUGCAUCGCAGCAUGAUUUGGAUUCUCGAGAACACGGUUACAGAGGAUAUGGAGUUGUAUUUUGUCGCGGAUUACGAAUCGUUUGGAGUCAUGAAGCAGCACCCGCUCGUCCCCGGCGGUGAAACCGUCAAGGUGAACGAGAGCAACAAGCACGAGUUUGUGCGGCUGAUGGUUGAGUGGCGGCUGUGUCGGUCCUGUGAGCGUCAAUUGAAGGCCAUCAUGGCAGGGUUCUAUGCGGUUGUGCCGCUGAGUUUGCUGCGCGAGUUCAACGAGGCGGAACUGGAGCACUUGAUCGCCGGCAGCAGACACUACAACCUGGAGGAUUGGAGGGCGCAUACGGAGUACAAAGGAUACAUAGAGACGGACCCUGUGAUCCAGUGGUUCUGGGAGAUCAUCGAUUCAUACUCGCCAGACGAACAGGCCGAGUUCCUUCAGUUCUGCACGGGUUCGACGCGCGUGCCGCUCGAGGGAUUUCAGGCGUUGAGGGGAUCUGAUGGCCCGCGCAAGUUCUGCAUCCAACGGCUGGAUGACCUGACGCGGCUGCCGAGUGCGCACACGUGCUUCAACCGGCUCGACCUGCCCUCGUUCCCCUCGAAACAGAUGCUGCAGGAGCGCCUUCGCAUCGCCAUGUGGGGCGCGCAGGGAUUCACCGGCGACUAGCCGCUUGUCUGUCUUGUGUGGUGUGGUGUGUCUGUGUGUGUGUGUGUGUGUGUGUGUGUGUGUGUGUGUGUGUGUGU